AUGACUACCCUGGUCAAGAGGUGGCCUCGUUGUCGAGACUCUAGGAGCAUCGCCAGUCUUGGGCUAGCCACCAGCCGGAGUUUCUCAUCCUCGCCCAAAGGUCUGUCCUCCGCCGACGCUCAAUCGGUAGCAGAGGCUUUUCUAGACAAGUUCUCUAAGGGGCAGACUUUCGUCCGCAAACAGCUCCUGGAUGCCAAUCAGCUGCGACUCUUUUCCCUCACACUGGAUCGACCACACAUAUGGCCUCGCUCGGCCCUGCUAUCCAAAACUCUAGAGGAGACAGAGCCUCUUCCUGGCACGCCAAUCCCUGCCGGAUACCACCUUAUCUACUUUACACCUGCCCAAUUGCCCGGAAUCUUAGGACAAGACGGCACAGAUGCAUCGUUUAACCCAGACUCUCCAUUUACCCGACGCAUGUGGGCCGGGGGGUCGUGUCAUUGGCCAGGAGCUGAUCCCAAUAGCAGCCGGCAGGCCCUGUUGAGGGUGGGCGACACUGUCACAGAGGUGACUAAGGUGUUAAGCUGCGAGCCAAAGAUCAUUCGCAAAACUGGCGAGAGUAUGCUGGUGGUGGGAAUUGAAAAGGAGUUUAGGAACAGCAAGGACGAGCUUUGCGUGCUAGACCAACGAAGUUGGGUGUUCAGGGCAGCCUUUGACGCCUCCAAGCCAGUCCCUGUUGUGCCCAGACCGCCCGAAUUGUCUCAGGCGGAACUUGAGGAAGCAGCCAAAGGCAAGAUCGUACGGGAAUACAGUCGCAGCGAGGCGACGCUAUUCCGCUUCUCAGCCCUGACGUUCAACGCCCAUCGAAUUCACUACGACAAGCCGUGGGCGACCGAAGUGGAAGGACAUCGGGGUGUGGUUGUCCACGGACCAAUGAAUCUGCUUGCCAUGCUGGACCUGUGGCGCGAUGAGACUGUCAACCAGGGAGUCGGUACAGCUCGGGAUGAUGUUGUGUACCCUCAGAAGAUCACCUACCGAGCUACUAGUCCGGUAUACGCAAGAGAACCAUAUCGAGUCAUGAUGAACGCGGAUGCCGUCGACGCAGUGGAAGCGGAAGUGACAGUGGUCAGCAACGAUGGCACGACUUGUGUGAAGGGGACGGUAACCGACUGGUCAUGA